CCAGCGCGAAAAACCUGAGUGUGGAUAUUAUACCCGCCACAACACAACAACACAACACCACAACCUUCGGCCCUUUGUCUACCUGAACAUCUUGCUAUCUACCAGCUAGAUAGCUAGAUAGCUAUCUGUCUAGCUGCACUACAAUGCCUUGUCUCAUUCUGACAGGCCACCCCUGCGUGGGCAAGACUAGCUUGGCAGAGAUUAUCAAAGAACGAGCCCUUCAACACUCCUCCCAACUCAUUUCCUCUGUCGUGAUUGUCAAUGAAGAAAUGGCGUGUCCUGGUCUCACCAAGGCCCAAUGCUACUUGAAUUCACACAAUGAGAAAAAGACAAGAGGAGCCUUGAAAACAUGCUUUGAUCAGGCCGUCAUAGGUGGGUCUGCUUCCAAAGCUGCCAAUGAAGGACAGACAGAAAAAAAGCAUCAGCAACAACUCGUCAUCUUGGACUCUUUGAAUUACAUCAAAGGAUUUCGCUAUGAGUUACACUGCAUUUCCAAAUCGGCAGGAAGACAACAUGGUGUCAUUUGGGUACUCAAUUCCAUGGAUCUGGCCAAGGAAUGGAAUCAAAAGAGAAAUAAUCAACAACAACAAUCCGAAGUAGCAGACAAUGACAAACCCAACUUUUACUAUUCGGACGCGACCAUGGAUGAACUCAUCCUCCGAUAUGAGCCACCCGACGAACGAAAUCGAUGGGAUAAGCCACUCUACAAGGUAGACAUGAGACCACAGGAAUUGAAGUCGCAGCAACAAAAUCAGGAGGGAAAGACUGCGGGAGAGAUAUUGGAAAAGAGUGUCUACAAUAUGCAUGCUUUGAGUGAUGUAAUGGGGUCAACUGGACAAGAAAAGGAUCCAGCACAAACAGAGAACGGCGGAGUCACAAUGAGAAACCCAUCUGAUACGACAACAACAGCUGCUGCCCCCAAGAAAAAGGCUUUCAAAGGUUUCAAACGAGCUCCAAAGACGGCCAAACCAUUGGCGGCAACCGUGAUAUCGGCAGCUCCAUCUACAGGCUCUAGCGGCAAUGAAACCAACAAUAACCCAUUGCACUCCAACAAUGCAAACAAUUCCAACUCUCAGGAUGAACCCAUAUUGUAUCCCAAGGACUUUCUAUAUUCCUCCAAACCAUCGGAACAACCAAUCCAUACAGAUGCUUCGUCCAUGGACGGAAUCAACGAUUUCAAUACCAUCAACAAUGACAAUCCGCAACAAAGAGGUGGCGAUGCACCAUCGAUGACGAGACGAGGACCCAAAAAGGCACCCCGACCCGCACUCAAACAACCGGAUCCCCUCACUUCUGUGGAGGAACAAGUGGAUUGCAUUCUGGAUGCCUUUUUGUUGCAUGUCAAACCAUUGCAAGAAGGAUCCUCCACACGUCCUCAUGUGGCUGUCAGUGCCAAUGCAUUACAUGAAAUGGAUGCCGUUACUCAAUCAGUCUGUGAUACCAUUGUGCGAGCAGGAGGUGGAGUUACUGUUGGUCGGAUUCCCAUUGUCUUGUCACAGAGCAGCAAACAGCAACAACUGUUUCUAAAGACGCAUCGAACACUGUCCCCCGCCGAGCUGAAACGAUUACGACGUCAAUACCUGCGAUGGGUGGGGGCCCAUCCACCGGAGGAUUGUGAAACUGAAUAUGGAAUUGCUGAAUCCUUUGUUUCCUACAUUGAAGCCCAAUUAUAGCGGCGCGCAAGUAGUACAAGGAGACACUCCACAACGGCAUUGAAAUGUGUGGCGCCAGCUAGGCGCAAACUGGAGACAGAUCUCGGAAUGAAUCGGCAACACAAAAUUGGGGACCGAGUCGCUGGUCACCCAAAAUGAAGAGAGGGAGAGCCAGCAAUCGAGCAUUCCGGGCGGAGAAAGAGAGACGAAUCUCAAUCUUUUGCUAUGGUCCGUUGUCGGGGUACUCAAAAUGCAAAACUAUUUUAACUAGACUAAACGAAGUUAAUGCGUACAGAAGUCACGGCGCCA